CACUGAGUCAGAGGGACAGCUUCCUGGAGUGGGUGUGGCCUUAUGUUUACUCCUCGGCUGGGAUUAUGGUGUUUGUCAUCGUGGUGAUAACCAUAUCCAUGCUCUCAAUGCAUGGCUGUAAAGAUGCCUGUCCGGCCAGGAAGUCAAGGGAAGAGGACCAAACAGAGAACCAGUAUAUGGCUAUACCGAUGACCCAGCAAGCAUUCCCACGACCCAACCCCCAACCCCACCACAGACAAAGCAUCCGAUCCCACCAAGCCCAGGACCAGCCCCAAGCCCAGCCCCGGCCCCAAGCCCAGGCACAAGCCCAGGCACAAGCCCAGCCCACCCCACCACCGGACUGUAUCUAUGACAACGCACCUACCAGGGGCCCACGUCGCACUCAUCCGGCACCUGUCCAAGCUGCAGCCAAUCAGGUAGCUGUCUCAGUGGACAGUGACGAUACCUAUAGCAGCGGGAAGGAGAAAGAGGAAGAGAGUGAUAUCAUGUACGCAGCGCUCAACCAUCAGGUAAAGCCUCGAGCCGCGCCGCGCCCGGCACAGCCUCAGGAGGAGGGCUCAGAGUACGCAGCCAUACGAGUGUCCUGAGCCCUGGAACCAGGAAGUAAAACUCCUCUUCCCGGAGGGCCACAGUCCUACUGGUCUUUGUUUCUCCCUGAUUACAGGAAGGGGGUCGCUGUGUCCCAAUAUGGCGACCGGAGUAUGGGCGAGUGGGUGUGUCGAAAGGGAAGUAGUGGGCGUGUGGAAAGGAGUGGGUGUGUCAAAGCGCUCUGCUAUA